CUCCAACAAUGCCAUAAUGGGCCGACGCGUUGUGGGAGGGCAAAGGCGGGCAGGCAGGUAAAAACCCUCAGGAGCUUCCUCAUUGUGGAGCAGGAAAGAAUUCAUCCCAGCGUGUAAGCAGCUGUGAGCCUUCUACUUGAGAACCAUGUUCUCUUCUGCGGCCCCCUACAAGAACCAGCACUAUGCUGCGCUGAAGAAGGACUGUAUCAAGAGUAAGAAACUGUUUGAAGAUCCAGAGUUCCCGUCCAUAGAUGCGUCGCUGUAUUUUCGGAAACCACCACCCGGUAGGGUGCAUUGGAAACGUCCUGGGGAGAUCAGUAAUGAUCCUCAUCUGUUUGUGGAGGGUGUCAGCGCCCAUGACUUGAACCAGGGCUCUGUGGGGAACUGCUGGUUUGUGGCCGCCUGCUCGUGUCUGGCCCUGAAACCAAACCUCUGGAAGAAGGUAAUCCCAGACUGGAAAGAGCAGGAGUGGGACUCGAAACAUCCGGAGAACUAUGCCGGAAUCUUUCACUUUCAGUUUUGGGUGUUUGGAGAGUGGGUGGAUGUGGUAGUGGAUGACCGGCUUCCUACAAUCAAUGGAGAGCUCAUUUACUGUCACUCGAAAGACAACAAUGAAUUCUGGAGUGCUCUGCUGGAAAAAGCCUACGCAAAGCUCUCAGGCUGCUAUGAGUCGCUGGAGGGGGGCAACACUGGGGAUGCUGUGGUGGACUUUAGUGGCGCUGUGGCGGAGGCCAUCAAUCUGGAAGCGGAGGUUUACUAUAAAGACCAGGAGAAGCUAGACCAUCUCUUUGCGGAUCUCCUCAAAGUCUAUGACCGUGGCGGAAUCAUAAGUUGCUCUAUCAAGGCAGAACCUCACGAACUUGAGCUCAAGUUGGCUAACGGGCUGGUGAAAGGUCACGCCUACUCGGUGACGGCGGUGAACAGGGUGCGUUUGGGUCACGGGCUGCUGGCCUACUUCAAGAAUGAAACCAUCCCCAUGAUCCGCAUGAGGAAUCCCUGGGGCAAGACUGAGUGGAACGGAGCCUGGAGUGACAGCUCUGAGGAAUGGGCAAAGGUUGGUGACACAGAAAGAGGUAACCUCGGCAUCACAGUGGAGGACGACGGCGAGUUCUGGAUGUCUUUCACAGACUGGUGCAAGCACUUUACGGAUGCCGACUUGUGCCGCCUCAUCAAUACGUCGCUGCUCAGCAUCCACAAGACCUGGCAUGAGGUGGUCCACUUUGGGAGCUGGACCAAGCAAGCGGAGCCUCUUUUAAACCGCUGCGGUGGCUGCGCUAACCACAAGUCCACCUUCUUGCAGAACCCGCAGUACAUAUUUGAUGUCACAAAGGAAGCCGACGAAGUGCUUGUCUCAUUACAACAAAGAGAUAUGAAAAUCCACAGGAAAUUUGGUCAAGGGGAAAAUCUGACAAUUGGCUUCAGCAUCUUCAAGGUGGAACUGAACAGAAAAUACAGGUUGCAUGACAUUCUGACCCAGAAGUGCAUGGCAACGUCGACCUACAUCAAUGCCCGCACGGUCUUCAUGAGGUGCACGUUGGAGCAGGGACGCUACGUCAUCCUCCCAACCACCUUCAAGCCUCACAUUCUGGGCGACUACAUGCUCCGACUCUUCACGGAUCUGGACUCAGGCUGCAGGGAGCUGAGCUUGGAUAAGCCCCGGGUGAGAUGCUGGAGUUCCUUCCUGGGAUACCCGCAAGUGGUGACCCACGUUUACGUGCAUGCUGCUGAAGGACUGCAGAAUCAGGACAGUUCGGGGGGCGCAGACCCAUAUGUGAUCAUAAGCUCUGAGGGCAACUCUGUAAAAUCUGCAAUCCAGAAGGACACUUUAACACCAGAAUUUGGAACUAGUGGUAUUUUCUACAGGAAGAAGCCCAGGAAGCCUUUAACUGUGCAGAUCUGGAACAGUAACGCAGUGCAGGACCAGUUCAUGGGCCAAGUGGUGCUGUCCGGUUCUCCAAAGGACAUCACCGAUCCUCAAAGGCUUCAGCUGAGGAAGCAAGGCAGCAACAUGGCCGACGAGAUGCCCGGCAGCAUAACUUUGAGAAUAAUCACGUCCACUCAGCUCACCGCCAUUUGAGCCUCAACCACUGACUGCACGAGUUCAAACGGAACUGUGAAACUAUGACGACAACUUUCCAUUAAGGUCUUCGCUUUCUAUAAUUUGCAUAUUUGUAAAGCAAAACCAUGUUGGACAGUGUGAAUGUCUUUUUUUACGUGUAACUUAUACAUACUACUAUGAUCUGGCUUUUCAUACUAUUAUGAUCUGGCUUACAAAUACUGUAUAUUGUAUAACUCCCGAGAUCAUCUCUAAGGCUCAUAAUAAUUUGUUCAUUUUAUAAGUCAUUGUCAUAUACACUUAACCACUGUUUUUAAAGAUGUUACUGCAUUGCAUUGUACAGAGAGAUGUUUCUAGUAUUAUGGUGACCUUAUAAGGGGCAAAAUAUUAGAAACAGCACCAAAUAUGAUGUAUAAAUACCUGCUUAAUAUGUGACACUGUCAGUAUUUUCUUUGUUCA